GCCCGAGAGGUUGCGCGCGCAGCCCGAGAAGUCUCGCGAUAGCCAGCUGCGUCUGCCCUUGCUCUUACCGAGCCGGCGGAGUCUGAGGUGUGGGAUCGGGGUAGCAGGCUAUGGCGCCGAAGGUUUUUCAUCAGUACUGGGAAAUCCCCGAUGGCACCGAUUGCCACCGCAAAGCCUACGCCACCACCAGUGUUGCCAGCGUCGCUGGCCUGACCGCCGCUGCCUACAGAGUCACACUCAAUCCUCCGGGCACCUUCCUUGAAGGAGUGGCUAAGGUCGGACAAUACACGUUCACUGCAGCUGCUGUCGGGGCCGUGUUUGGCCUCACCUCCUGCAUCAGCGCCCAGGUCCGCGAGAAGCCCGACGACCCCCUGAACUAUUUCCUCGGUGGCUGCGCCGGAGGCCUGACUCUGGGGGCACGUACGCACAACUACGGGAUCGGCGCCAGCGCCUGCGUAUUCUUGGGCAUAGUGGCCUCCCUGGUCAAGAUGGGCCGGCUGGAGGGCUGGGAAGUGUUUGCAAAACCCAAGGUGUGAGCCCUGUGCCAGCCGGGACCUCCAGCCCGCAGAAUGCGUCCAAAAAUAAAUUCUGUGUCUAUGUGUG